GGCUCUGGUGGUGUACAGAGGUGUCAAAUUUAUCUCGCGCCCUGUUCCGCUUUUCCCCUCGGACUCAAAAACUCGCAUAUACACUACUCAACCACAAAAAACAUAGAAAAAAGCGUAUACACAGAUAUUUUACACAUACAAUUUGAGAACGCGGUUACGUAGCGUGGCGAGUGCACAUCUGAAAGUGUCUUCUUGUGUAUGUGCGUUGAGUUGAUCCUGAGGAUCACACCUACGCGGCGAUCUAUCGAGAAAUAUAAAUCUCUCGGUGCGCGAAGAAAAAACAGAGGUCGAAAGGAGUAACUCGUCUUUUUUUAACGACGAACGCCCAAACGUAUCUGCAGUAUUCAAUGUGUAUGGCGAUUCAGUUUCCUGGUGAGUGCAUCCUCACAUACAUGGAGUUUCAGCUGGACAGCGCAGAGUACUGCCAGGCUCAACACAAAUAGAGAGGCCAAUCUCCUGGAAACCCAAACGUCCAAAACAACAAGAAGAAGAAAAUAAGACAAAAAAUAACUAAAAAAGAGGCAAAGAGCCAUUAUUAGAGACCCAACGUCGAGGGAGGAGAAUUGGACUAAUAAAAUUGACAUAAAAAUUAAAUGCGUUUAUUAAACAACAAUCAAUUCAUCGCGUGAACGGAGUGAGAGCUAAGAGCGUAAGGGAAAGAGGAAUAAGGAAGUACAUCGAGUUUCUAGAUCAACUGAGAGAGCCGGGAAGCAGCAGUCAACUAGUCAUCAUAAAAGCAAGGCAACAACAAUAACAACAAUACAUAGGAGAAUUAUAUUAGAAAGAAUUUUUUUAAUUUACCCCUUCGAGACCUCGAGAAUAUUCGAUAGAUAAUCUUCCAAAACAAGUUCGAGAAAAUAUUUGAACGAGGAAACAAAGCGUGCAUAUCAAGGGGGUCUGACGUAACGUGGAUCUUUGCAUUUUGAGCGAGAAUUUCGGCUGGCAGUCCAUUUUUCCUAGCCAUUGAGAGGAGUGUAAGGAACAAGCAGCGUGACGCCUUCGCAGCAGUCCUCGUUCUGUCCUCCGCAUGAGAGAAACAACAAUAAUUAUUUUCGUUUAUAAAUCGAGAGCCAGUCAACAAAGCGUUAAACAAGAUUAACACCUUGAUGGGAAUAAAAGAAAAGAAUAAUCGAGGAGUCGAGUAAUUGGUUACGUAGAAAAUAACAACAAAGACUGACAUCUCUAUGGGCUAAAUAUUUAGCAGGCAACGAGCCUCAAUUCAUAUUUCGCUCCCGAGGAUAUUAUUCUCGAAGAUAAAUUAAUCGAGAGUCGGAUAAUUCGAAGAAAUAUUUGUGGAAAUCCAAUUUUUGGUGCAGAGACGCGAAAAAGAGGGAAGAAAAGAUUUUCGACAAUUGUGAUCAAUCGAACGUUUUUUUACUCAUUCUAUUCGUCGGUUAAAAGGAAAUGAGCAACAUGAGGGUCAAAGACAUUAGACCGGCACCUGCCGAGAUUGACUACAAAAAUAUGAAGUUCCUCAUCACCGAUCGGCCCAAUGAUCAGACCAUCCAUACCUUUAUUCAAGAACUGAAAAAGCACAAUGUCAAGGAGGUCGUUAGAGUCUGUGAACCAACGUACAAAGUUGAGGAACUCAAGGAAGAGGGAAUCAAUGUCCUAGAUUUGGUCUUCGACGACGGAACUUUUCCACCGAACGAGGUGGUUGAUGAGUGGUUCGAGCUAUUGAAAAAUCGAUUCCGCGAGACACCCGAAGCAUGCGUCGCCGUACAUUGCGUCGCCGGGCUUGGAAGAGCGCCCGUACUUGUUGCUCUCGCUCUCAUCGAGCUUGGCCUCAAGUACGAGGACGCGGUCGCUCUAAUCAGAGAGAAACGAAGAGGAGCGAUAAACGCCAAGCAAUUGGCCUACCUGGAAAAAUAUCGUCCGAAGUCUCGACUGAAGCUGAAAAACGGACAGAAGAAUUCCUGCUGCGUCCAGUAGAUGAGAAGCCACGACGAAAGAGAAGUUAGGAAGAAUGAAAAUUCGAAAAACAAUUUGAGUCGAUACGAUAAAUUGAAAGAAAACAAAAAACACGAGAAAAAACGUUCGGUUUGUCCUCGAAGCGAGAAAGGAAAGAAUAAGUGUGUCGAGUUUACGCGAUCGCGGUUAAUAUACAUAAUAUAAUUCAAUUAAAGUUUGCACGCCUGUGACCGAUGAAGGAACCGUGACGUUUGGAGAAAAUACUUGUAAUAACAAAUACCAUAACAAUUUUUGUCUUAUUUUUCGCUCGUUUUCGUUACUUUUUUCCUUUUUUUUUUUUACAUGAACAAUUAAAAGAUAAACAUUUAUAUUUGUCGUUCUACUUGUUAAAAAAACGAACGUUAAUCUCGAGCGGAUGACGAGAGCGUGGCUCAUCAAUGGAAAUGCAACUAUGAGCAAGACGAGAGCGUGGCGCUUCGUUCGAUGAGAGGAUCGAUGAAUUUCAUUGGAAAAAAAUGAAAAAAAUGUUUUUCGCUAACUCUACGGCGGUCGGCGGUGAUACUUUCACUUAUCUUCCCAAAAACACUUUUGUUUUUGUCGACAUUUUGCAUUGACUAAUGAGAACAAAUUUUGAUACUUUUCCAUGGACUGUCGAACGCUGCCGACUGGAUUAUUACAAUUGUCAUGAGAAUAUUCAAGAAAUAAUAAAAAAAAACGUUUUAUUUUCGAACCGAUAAAGCACUGCCUUUUACGAUCCCGGGGCCAAAGGAAAAAAGUUAUAGAAAUCCGAAAAAAUUUAUCUCGACUUCCUUUUUGCUUCGCUUUAUUGCAAAAAAUCGUCCAAUUUUAAGGCUUUUUACAUUUUUAUUGUAGCUAGUGUGUAGCGAUAAUCGCGGCUAGUCGCGUCGAAUCUUCCGCCAAAUAAUUCGCCAUAAAACAUCGCAUUCGCUGAUCAGUUUGUUUUCCCGUUAUCGAGAAUCUACGAAACGGCGACCGGAAGUUGCGUAACUCAUUUUUCUUUCCCUCUCUCUCUCUCGUUUCCGCGCGCAAACUUUGCCCACGCACCCGCGGUAGAAUGGAUUAUUUAUAAAUCGCUAAUUAUACGAUUACGUAAGCCUUUUUCUCUAUGUUUUUCUCUAUUCGAGCCUCGAGACAAUAAAAAACACACACACACACACGCGCAGAAUAAAAUCAGGUUUAUUUAGGUAAAGGAACGAAUGUGUCAAGAUUAAGUUUUAAAAGAAAAAUGAACAGUGAAAAUUUGCUUUUAAAUUUGUCCGAAAAGAUAAAAAAUCUGUAAUUACUGAAUUUGUACACAAAAUAAUAAUAAUUAUGAUAAUAACAACGAUAAUAAUACAUCACCCGCAAAUGCAUCACGAAUUCACGUCAACUGAUGGGAGCGAAGAAGCUCUGAUCGAUUUUCUUUUUUUCUUGUCUUUUUUCUUUUUUUUCUCGAUCGCGACAAAAUUCCAUCGAACAAGUCCGACGUAAUUGCAUUUCCAAUGAUCCACCGCGCGGUGCGUCCGUGCAGAGGCAACAAAAAAUAGAAAUAAAAAAAAAUCAGUGAAAUACCGAUGGAAUUCAUAUUUUUAAAGAUAAAAAAAAAUAAACGGAUAAAAUGAAAAAAAAAAAAAAAAAUGAAUAAACAUCAUUGGACUUGAAUUUACGCGACGAUGUGUGAAAGGUGAAAUAAUUCACUCCGGAGUUGGGUGUAUCACUCUGUAGCUCAGUGGCAAUUUCAUAAAAAACGAUUUAAAAAAAUUGAAAAAAAAAAAACGCAGAAUUUUAGGCACGAAGAGCAGCACUACGACGAAACGAUUCGAGUUCGAUCAAAUGUCCAAGAGUUAUCUCAUCCAGUAUUUUCCAAUUGAAACAAACGCAAAGAAAAAUUACGAAAAAGCAGGUUAACAGGACAAAAGGGGUCUCUCAUGCUUUAUUUUUUAUAAAAUUGUCAGUGACGCUGUGCGCCACGUUAAACUGUGUUCAAAGGGAUAACGAAACUACAAAAAAAUGAAGAAAAAGAAAAGUGAUUCAUUUUCACUCUCGCGCAUCAAAGAAUGAAAGAUUUUACUGUUCACAUCUUUUUCAUACGUUCGCCUAUCUCGAGCGGAUGUACGUACUUUGAGAUGCUAUUUGAAAGAUUGAGGUUAGGAUUCGAAGAGAGUGUUUUUUGGCCACGAAUUAUAUAUUUUCAAUCUACUUUUAUAUCAUUUUUUUUCAAAACUAUUCUCUAUCACUAUAGUUUUAACGAUGUAUGUACAUAAAAAUCCAUGCUCGUUAGGCGUUGCAAUGUGAAUUCGUUUUCUCCACGAGCCUCGAGAAAGUCCCGGAAUAUUUGAAAAAAGUUAACAGUCGUACAUUCUACGGAAAGGCGGACGUCCAAUGAAAUAAUCGAGAAUAACGACAUUGAGACACAAUUGUUUUUUGUGAGGCUCUCAAAGAACUGCAAUAUUUUUUAUCAGAGGAUGGAACUAAGAGGCGUUCGUUAAUUAAUAAUUGAACGAAUAAUAAUAAUAAUAACAAUAAUAAUGUCACGAUAAAACUCGAUAUUGGUACGAACAUUGAAACUUGUACUUAUGUCUGACCCUCCUCUCCGUCGCAAACCUUUAAAUAUUUUCGAAUUUCCCCUCUAUUUUACCAUUCGAAUCUCUGCCACUUUGAUAAAAAUGGACUUCAACAAUUUUCGAUAUCAAUGGGAGCGAUAUUUCAUUUGAAAUAAACAAAAAGUUGAUGAUGAAUUUCUUGAAUUAGUGGAAAAUGAUUAAAACUGAUGACUUUUUUGGACUCAAUCCGAUGAUCGAUAGACUUCAAGCUAUAAGAGGUUAACUUUGAAGAUUUGACAGCCCCGUCGAAUGGAACUUAUUAUUGCGGAGGAUUAUUUUAGAAAAAAUAUUUUCAAGUGCAUAUAAAUGAUUUGUCCACGAAAAUAAAAAUAAAAUCGAGCUUAUUUUAUUGAUUAA